ACCGGCCUCCCGGCAUCGACGAUAGAAAAGGCCUGAGCACACGCCGAUGCCCCCGUCCUUCUCGGCCGGUCGGAUGAAGAAUCUGAGCCAUGGACGUGUCGCUCGGCACAUGAAGCUUUGACUUUGCAUUCGGACCACCCGACCCGGGAUGCACUCCAUGUGACGAAAUCGGCGCCGUACCUGAGAGCGGAGACGAAGCUCCCUUCCAUUCCUCGCCUUUGUAUCGGUACUGGUAGCUGCCUCCCGCACCUCACGUCACCCAGUCGCGGCAAACUUCAACACUUCCUACUGUCGAUUCUUGCACCCCUAGGUGCUAUUUCCUCGCUGCAUGUCGCCAAUCCACCACACCACACGUCCGCUUCUCUCAGCGUCGUUGGCUCGCAUCUCUGCGAGGGGUGGCUUCUGGACCUUCUGGCCAGCGGCGGCAGUCCCAUCCUCGUCCUUGGGGGUCACCUUGACCGCGAAGUGGGUUGCAUUGCCGCCGAUGCUCGAUGCGACUUUAUCAUAGCCUCCGGAGUAUCCUCCGGCCCACCACUACGUUCAACCCCCGGGGAACAGCAGCCAGAUUCCAUGAGGACAGGGUCGAAAUGCCUCGACCGACCUCGCAAACGUCAUCCAUGUAGACCUCUCAACAUUUUAUCCAGAACUGAUCGAGUGGAUGAAGGCCCAGGCCACUUCCAACG